UUUAUAACCCAUCACUCCCAUCUCACUGCUCUCACUCAUUCUUGCUGUUUCAACCUGGAAUGGACACAUUUGUUUUCUUGGGAACGAAACUGCGCACUUGCUGACACAAUGUUAUUCCACUUUUUCGUAAAAAAAAAUUGAAUUUAACUAGCACUUCUGGAUUUUAAGUUUUGUUUUCUGGGGGGUAGAUUCUACUAAUGUUCAUUUAAAUUGGGACGUGGACUUAUUUUUGUGUCUAAAGGAUGAGUUUUGCUUGCAGUUUGUAAAACAUUCCUGUUAGCAUGCUUUUGCUGUCACUCACAGCACAAGUGAAGAAACUGAUGAACAUCUUUAUUGAUUGAAAUUGGGAUUCAAUUUCAAUUUGAUCAACCCAAUAUCAAAAAGAAGGAUAACUGGAUAUCACAGGACUAUGAACUGAUAUGCGGGGAUCAUCCCCAGACUCCGGACCAGAAACAUAAACCAACACCACAACAGACAGACAGAUCACUUCGACCGUAGAGACGGGCAGCGUGCUGUCCAAAGACCCAGCCUGACGGACAGAGACGGACGGACACGGAGACGGACAGACAGACAGACAGUCUGAUGCCAACUGUCUCCACUGUCAAUCUCACGGCACCACUCCUCCUCCUGUUGCUAUGGGCAACCCACCCCACCAUGGCAACAAACUGGCUUUCCCUUUCCAAACCUGAGCCAUUCUACCACUCCCCACCUUUUGUGUCCCAGCUCCCUGGCGAGGCUGCCUCGCUCCAGGCCCGUGUCCGGUGCUGCCCCAUGUGCGCGGCUGAGGGGGCUGACCCCAGGGCAGGUGGGGGUGUGCAGGGCGCGAGGGGAGGUCAUGGAGUCCGUACGCAAGGCAGCCGAGAUGGUCAUAGAGGAGUGCCAGCACCAGUUCAGGAAUCGUCGCUGGAACUGUUCCACCACCCCACGUGGGAUCAAUGUAUUUGGCAGAGUCAUGAACCAAGGGACUCGUGAGGCGGCCUUUGUGCAUGCUUUGUCCUCAGCGGCCGUGGCAGUGGCUGUGACCCGAGCCUGCACCCGCGGGGAGUUGGAGAGGUGUGGCUGUGACAGGAAGGUCAGGGGGGUCAGCCCCGAGGGUUUCCAGUGGUCAGGGUGCAGUGACAACCUGUCCUACGGUGUGGCUUUCUCCCAAACAUUUGUGGAUGAACCAGAAAAAGCCAAGGGGCUGUCAGCAGGGCGACCACUCAUGAACCUCCAUAACAACGAGGCUGGUCGAAAGGCCAUCCUUCACAACAUGCAGGUGGAGUGCAAGUGUCAUGGCGUCUCUGGCUCCUGUGAGUUGAGGACCUGCUGGAAGGUUAUGCCUCCAUUCAGGCGCGUCGGCGUUGUGCUUAAGGAACGCUUUGAUGGAGCCACAGAGGUUCGCCUGACUCGUAUAGGAUCCAGGACAGCCCUGCUCCCCCGUGACCUGCAGGUCAAACCCCCUGCUGCCAGAGACCUUGUGUACCUUGCACCCUCCCCAGAUUUCUGCCAUCUCGACCCUGACAACGGUAUCCCUGGGACUGCUGGUAGGAGAUGUAACGGAACCUCUCGGCUGGCACCAGAUGGCUGCGAGCUGGUGUGCUGCGGGCCGGGCUACAGAGCAGGCCGGGCUGAGGUGGUGCAGCGCUGCUCUUGCAAGUUUUCCUGGUGCUGCUCAGUCCGCUGCCAGCAGUGCAAGAACACAGUCACCAUUCACACCUGCAGAGUCUAAGAGGGGCCAAACAAGACCAAACCCCCUGCGCAGAAAGACCUGAACAAACCACUAGACAGACACUUGUGAACACAAGAUGGGAUAAGGACUACUUAGACAAUAACAGUUUUUAAUUCACACCUUUAGCACCAAAUUAUCUUAAAUUCAGGCCAAACGCAGUCUUAAUUUAACUAAUUCUUGACUGAAGCGGUGAGGCCAGAGUUAAGUUUGAGGAUUCUGUUGUAAACGCUGCAAAGUUAGAGUACAUGUAAAAACAAAGACAAAGCAUCAACAGUACGUAAGGUACAAACAAAAAUCACCUUCGAGGCGGACACACUCAACAGUUAAUCUCACAUUGAACUGACAAAGCUUUUAAAGCUGAACUUAACCAGAACUAACAGGGAACCAUUGCAGCACUAUUUUUAUUUUAUGCAAACUAUUCGUGUUGUGUCAUAGACUAACAGGUCUUUGAACAUUUACUGUAUUUAUGUCUUCUUCUCUAUUCUGGUUUAUUUAUUUAUAUAUCUGUGUCUUGGCUUCACUUCAGCCUCCAGUAGUGACAUCUUAAAUAGCAAUAACUUUUACUUACUUCAGUGUCUGUCUUGUGUUUUGUCCCUCACCUUCGUGUGAAACUCUUCUGUAUGUUUCUGCACAAGCAGUGCUUUUAGGUCUGUUCAAAGAAAUCUAAUAAAUACAGUAGUUUUAUCCAAAAUAUGUGUUUCUUGAGUUUCUUAUUGACCAGACAUGUAUAAGAUAUUGUCACACUUGAAAUCCCUGACUAAGGCACAUAGGUUAGCUGCGAAGUUAAAGGUACCCUGUGGAGUUUUUGACCACUAGAGGCACUGUGGAGCAAUGUUUUGAUGAUCGGGUGCCUGUUUUAAGGCUGCUUUUCCAGGUUGCUCAUGAGCAAACAUAGUUUGGAGACAUUUAUGGGCUGUUUCUUUUACAUUUAUGCAGGUUUUUGGAUUACAUUUAUGUGUUUUUUCUUUUCCACUUGGGUGAUACACAUUCCUGCCAACUGUAUAGGGUGGUAAAGCAAGUGUGUUGUGCAUGCAAGCCGUAAAACACAGAUUGACUGUUGGUGCAGUGACAUGCCAAAAACCUUGCCAUGCACCAGCAAAAGGAGGGGAAGAAGACUGCUAGCUGAUGUAAAUAAUGCAAAAUAAAGUUUCAAAAUAUUCAAAGAUUGGCUUUGUUUUAUGAAGAACGAAAUGCAUGUAACACAUGUCAGGUCUCAAGGAUACACACAAUAUUUUAGUGAGAAACACUGAAAGUAAACAUAGCUGUUUGUUCAUAAGAAAAACUCCACACAAAACCAUGUCUUUUCAUAUUUUUGUGCAUGCAACAUUCUCCUUCAAACAUACAAAACAAUGGCUACUUUACAUGUCAUGAAACCAUUUUAUUAAAAAUAUCCUGUGAUUACAAACACCCAAAAAUUGACUAGCAAAAGUUUAACAUCUCAAUCUCUAUCAAGAUUAAGAUGUAUUCAAAAUAUUACAUCUUAAUUUGUUAUAUUAUCAAUUGAUCAAAGUUGGUAGUCUAGCAAUAAAAAAAGAUCUUGAUAAAAUAAAAACUCAAGUUUCAAAAUGAAUAACUGCUAAAAACAAAAUCCCAAAACAGAGGCACAGAAUUAAUACAAUAUACACAAAAGAAGAAUAAAAUAGAAAUUCAUAAGUCAACUGUAGAAGGGAAAUUGGUGAAAAUGCACUUGGCCUCCCUAGAAGGAAUGGAUUGGAAGAAAGUAACUAUUACGGACAUUUACCUUUGUUUGGAGUGACAAUAUGAAUGAAUUGUGCUUUCAUUAUUCAAUCCAAAAGGGUCAGAAAAGAAAGUAAAUAGAGUACCACUUAACAUUAAGUUGCCCCUUUAAAUGUACUAAUUAAAGUUCACUAAAAAACUUAAUGUUAAAAGUGUUUCCCCAUUUAUAUUCCUUACACUGGGUUUAAAAGCCCAUAGAGGUCACAAUAAGUAAAACACAGAGGAGGCCAAAGGCAACUAGAUAAAAGAAUCUUUGUUUUUGUUUUUUUUGUUUUUUUAAAUGGAGCAACAGUGACAGGCAGGGGGGGCCUGCCCCACCUGAAUAUUUGUAGAGAGAACACUGCAAUUUUAAAAGCUUUCAGAAAAGGAGAUAGGUGACACUUACUGCAUGCUGAAGGUUUGCUCC